UUUAUUUGUUCCGCGCGUGACGUUGUCGAAAGCCGCCAGGCUGCUGUUCACCUGUUGCACCUGUCGUCGCUGUCAGGUAGCUGAAGCACGGAAAUACACGUUAACACCUCCGCGCCUCCUUCCUCACACACACCGAGGCCUGUUUGCGCCUACUUACUGGGACGCCACACAGGAGCCGUUUUCUUUCUAGGUUUUCUAUCGUUAGUAUUCAGCAGUGUGGCUUUAAAAGCGGAAGUAAGGUGAACGUGUCGCCUCAGUCAAACAGGUUUGCUCGCUUUGCGUCGGGUGCUGCCCCGGCGGCGCUUCAACGCUCUCCACGUUUGAUUUGCCUUUUGGGUUGAGGCAGAGGCCACGCGCCUGGAAAGAAACACUAACGUUGGCCUGCUGUUUUUCUAGAAGGUUUUAAAAUGUCUGUAUUGUUCCCUUUGCAGUUUAAACCCGCUCCUUCGCUUUGGUGAAACCAAGUGAACAUUUUUCUAAAAGGUGGCUAAACAUUUUCCCACCGCAGGACGGUGCUUUUCUGGGUUAAGAUUGCACAAUCUUAGUUUAGAAACGACGCCUGCACUUCUCAGUUAUUUAAGUAUCAUCCUUUUAUGCCUGCAUCACAAAAACACCCCACAUCUUUUUCCCCAUUGAUGAUUUCCAAAAAAAAAAAAAAACUCAAACUACUUCCUUCGGCAACAAUGAGAGGAAGACUCAUUGUGUCAGCGUGUUUCCGAUAGAAAUAGGGUAACGUUAAGGUCCAUUUCUACACAUAGGUCAUGUCAAAUGACCCGGAAGCUCAUUCUGUAAACAUCCGAAACCCUCUCUUGAAAAACACACUUUUUCAAUUGCUGGCUGACCUUCGCAUUUCUGCCUGUGGAGCUUUUCCUCCCCCUCUGGUGAAGUGUUUGUUCAGUGGAGUUACUCUUUAAUGAGCCGUGGCAUCAGCAAACUAGUCCUUUGACCCUUUCUCGAUGCGAUUCCUGCUCCUCUUCAGUCGCCAGGGGAAGCUGCGCCUGCAGAAGUGGUUCACGCCCAUGUCCGAACGUGAGAAGAAGAAGAUCAUCAGGGACAUGACCACAAUGGUGUUGGCACGGCAACCGCGCUCCUGUAACUUCCUGCACUGGAAAGAUCUGAAGGUUAUUUACAAGAGGUAUGCAAGCUUGUAUUUCUGCUUGGCCAUAGAGAACCAGGAGAAUGAGCUGAUCGCCCUGGAGGUUAUUCAUCGCUAUGUGGAGCUGCUGGACAAAUACUUUGGCAAUGUGUGCGAGCUGGACAUAAUCUUUAACUUUGAGAAGGCCUAUUUUAUCCUGGAUGAGUUUCUAAUUGGAGGGGAAAUACAAGAAACCUCGAAACAAAUGGUGAAUCGCUCCAUUGAAGCCUCAGACAUGUUACAGGAGGAUGACAUCAGUGAGUGGUAUGAGGUGGAGCUGUUUGGAUGACCUUGAAUAUGGACAGAAAGACCAUGGAGGAGUAUAUGAGCAAGCCUGCUUUUUAACCUGGGACGCAAAGGACACAAAAGGCUGAUUCUAUUGAACAGAUGAAACCAGACGUCAUGUCCUCUCACCUUCUGCUUGAAGCUUCACUGCAUUGUAACUACAUUUGAGAGUACGAUUAAUAGUUGUUCAGUAGUUCGCUUGAUUGAAGGAAGCCGGAAGGUUGUGAUUGCCUUUAUUGAAAUGUAAAUGAUUAGGAAUAUGAUUUGGGAUGUAUUUUGGGUUCAUAAAUGUGUUGUGUUUGUAUUUAAAUCAUGUAUUAAUAUAUAUUGUAUUGAAUGAUUUUAUUCCGAAAACACUGAUGUUAAUCUGCAACUUAGUUAAUAUGUCAAAAGCAUUUGGACCAAUUAGUGUGAGACAAUGUUUUUAAGCUGUGUAGCUUCUUUAACAAGUGUGGGACCAUUAGUCUUUGCUGUUGAGGGUAUGAAUAUCUCUAUUAUUUAUCACGUGCAAUUCAUGAAGUUGUGAUUAAAAUUUGUAUUUUGAUAAA